AUGGUUACCCUAACUGCACACUUAACUCCAAUCACAAUCGCCAAAACCAUGCCUUCACAAUCAUCUCUAAAUCACAGUUGGCCACCCAACUACAGUCGACACAUGGCUAAGAAUGUCUCCAACGGAGUCACCAAUGAAGACAUGACGAUCAAUCUGCUCCAAACACAGUUGGAGGUGUCACUUGUGAGGGAAGAGAUUGCAAACGACCUUCGUGAACUACAACACAACGUCACUGGAGACUUGGACGCCCUAAACCAUGAAGUCGAUGAUGUUAGGGCAGGUCAACUCGAUCUGUCUAACAUGGUUGCUGAUUUGAAGAAACAUUUGUGUUCACUACAAGCAUCAUAUGUCAACAUCGUCUUGGGUAAAAAAAAGUGCAACAAAGUCAGAUGGGUUGUUGGGGUUUUUGUUGUCGUUGUUGUGGGGGUGUUAACCUACAAGCUCUUAAAAUGA